AUGUUUUCCUCGCGGUGUCACGUCGCAUACGGCAGGCCAUUCGUCAAUGCCUUCGGACCACUAGAACGAACGCCGCCAGGCGAGUUCCACACCCAAAAACAUCUGAUUUCCCCACCGGUUGUCAACUCCUAUCGAUUUGACCAUCACUUUGCCUGUCUGGUUCUUGAAAGGUAACAUAGGGAUUCGCAUUGACCUUUUUUUGUCCUCACUUAUUCUAAACAUGUACGUCGUUCUAGCUUCUUCUUCUUCUUUUUUCCCUUGACUCGGAAACUGGUCUUCAAUGCAAAUCUUCAAAUCAAAUGGAAUAUCAAUGAAUCCAUCCCAAUGUGUUCAGUGUAGAUUUAUUCGUAUUUCAAGACUCUAAAACAUGCUUCGAACUUUUACUGUCUCUCGAUUUUAGUCAUAGUUUUUUGGAAUGAGCUCUGCGGUUUUUCAAGGUCUUUCAAGUUAAAUCAUUCGUCCUUGGCAUAAAUAAACCGAAAGUCAUUUCUUGUCUCUUCUUAUCAUUUUUUUUCUGUGGAACUAGCCAAAGUUGUAUUUUUUUUUCAAAAUAACUCUCAAUUUGAAGUGUUUUGCAGGUGAACGCGACACAUAUGGGUGUUGAAAUGAACAUAACCGGUCACCGUGAUAAUAACAGUCAGGUUGGUUGUUUUUGAUUAAUUAAUAUUAUUUUUUAUUUUCAAAUUAAAACGAAACUUUUCUCCGUUCUUCCGGUCCUUUUGAUUCUUCCAACAAUACUAAUCCUAAGCCUGCGCUGACCUCGAAAAGUCGCUUCGAAAAGGCCAAAACUUGAGACCUUCCUAGUAUUAAGUUUUGAUUCAGAUUUUUCUAGAUUCUAUUUUACAAAGUUUUUUUUUCUUAGGGCUCAUCCCGUUGCACGUCAGAUGAUCAUGGCAGUGUUGGCAGUGAUAGUUCUCAGGUCUCUUUUUAUUAUUGAAUAGAUUUUCCCUUUUUUGAAUUCAUAAUUGCACGAAUUUCUCCUUGAUUCACUUCUCUGAAACGAAUUUUUUAGAUAAUGUCGAUGAGCGAGCAGAUCGUCAAGUACAACGCCAACUCGACAAAUGACGUCGCCAGAGAGACGAAUCUCGUUUUUAGACUUGAAAGGGAACUCACCGAGGCACAGCAAUGUGUAAGUUUAUCAAAAAAAUUAACCAAAAAAAUCAAUCAAAAAUAAAAAAAUGGGGAUAUAACUUAUUCAAUAAUUGGAUUUUUCAAUCUCGUCUACUUUUUUAGAAAUUUUUUAGAAAAAAAGACUUGCUUGCACUUUUUUGAUCUUUUUCUAUUUUUGGCCUGAUCCAAUUUCCCACCUGUAUCGAAGACUCUAAUAUUUUAAAAGCUGCUAUUUUCUCAGAACCACCGUCUCAACCAACAGCUCAAAACUCUGGCGAAUAGCAGUAAUUCAACGAUUAAAAAGGAACUCGCAGAUGCAAAGGUUCGUUUCGAAAAUAUCCAUUUAUUUUUACAUUCGUGAGUAAUGAAAAAAAUUAUAAUGUUAGAUCAAAUCGAAGCUUUAAAAAAGAAGAUUUCAGUAGUCUAUGAUGUUGGCAAUCAUUGCCUGUAAAAAAGAAAAGUUGAUCAAAAAAUUAUAUUUUUUCUGACCUGUUCCAUGAUUCUGUAUAGUUUGCUCCAUAAAUGGCGUAGUUCUUCGUUUGAUAACUUUGUUCGGCUCACUGAUUUUACCAUUGUUACCAAGCCUGAACUUUUUUUUUGAACUUAGUUUUGGGUUUUAAAGUUUUUGAUGCUUAUCUAAUGGUGAAAAUCAAUAAAUUAGAAAAAGGAAGAAAAACAGACUAAAAAUUUUUAAAAAUCACUAGAGCAGCCCCUACAGGGGCGACCUUAGGAGCACUAGAAGGUAUCCUUCUAGGGAACCAUCUUACCUCUCCCUAGAGGGGACACUAAAGCUUGCAAAAGUUACCACUCUAGGGGGACAUGCUCUCCGAAUCCCCCAUGGGGACCACCUGA